UCGGGGCUCACGCCCGUGUGGUGAGUCGCGCACAUCCGAGGCUUCAACCUCGAGAUGUGUUAUGUUCGAUGCCCUUCGGCUUCGACCCGACACUGGUUUUGGGCGGCGUUUCCCAGGUGACGGUGCUUGCUUCACCUGCCUCACGAAUUGCUUGUCAGCGUCCGCGCGCCUCUUGCUGUAGUGGCGCAUCCAUGCUUUACUGCCCUGUCAUGCUCGCGACUCGUUGGUUCCACUUUCUCUGUUGCAUCCUGCGUCCUGGUCUCCUCGGCCUCCCAAUCGGCGAGAGGAGCGCCCAAGAGGCAGAAGGUGGCGUUUGCCAUGGAGAAGGGAGAGGUUCUAGACCUCCAGGAUUCCAACCACAUGACGCUCGUCAGGGCGGGGCUCGGCUGGGACGUGGACCCGAAGGCGGGGGACGUGGACCUCGACGUCUCCGUCGUGCUGUUCGCCCAGGGCGGCAAGGAGAUAGGCGCCGUCUUCUUCGGCAACCUUGCCGAGUUCGGCGUAGAGCACAGCGGCGACAACCUCACCGGGGAGGGCGCCGGGGACGACGAGGUGAUCACCGUCAGCUUAGACCAGAUUCCAGCCGACUGUGACCAGCUGGUGUUCGUUGUUAACAUUUACUCCAAGGGCACGACGUUCGAUAGGGUGUCCAACGCCUUCUGCCGCAUCAUGGACCAGGAGGGCUCCGAGCUCGCGAGAUACGUGCUGCGGGACGGCCUCGGCGAGAGCGGGCUUGCGAUCGCCCGCCUGUUCCGUGAACCAGGCGGCCGCUGGGGCUUCCAGGCCCUCGGCGUCUUCUGCAAGGGGCGCACGUGGAAGGACUCGGUGCCGGAGCUGCGGGCCAUCUGCCAGAAGAGCGCGAGGGAGUUCCAGCUGAGGGGCCAGGGCACUACGACCUUCUCUUCGGGCAGUACCAGAGAUUACGCGCGGAGUCCUAGUGUGCCUGUGGCGCCGCCGCCGGUGGCAGGCAGCCCCCGAGGGGGCAGCAGAGGCUGCGCGCUGCAGUGAGCAUCCCUGGCCUCUCGCCUCUCACCCUGCUCUCGGGGGCGCGCAAGAGGGGGUCAGGGGUCAGAGUUCAGACCCCCCUGCCGCCUCCAAUUGCGGGGCCCCUUCUCAUUCGGGCACUGCGGCAUCGCCCGCGUCGCUGGCCGACGUGCCCGUCCACCGCACCCGCCAGGAGGGGCCCCCCGCAGAUGCGGCGCAGCACAGGACGGGCCCCUGGUCUCUGCGAAUGCAGGCGCACCCACGGCCUCACCCGUUGCACAGCAGCCCUUGGGGGCGGAUGUUUGGCCGACCAAGGCGUCGGGAGUCCUGCGGCCCUCUCAGAGUGAGGUGCGGCUGGUGCGUUGCAGCGACCUCGCCAGAGAAA